GACAUCUCAGAAUGCCCUUAUCAGGGAGCCCAAAAGUGUUUGUACUCUGGGACUCUGCAAUCAGGAGCAGUCUUGCAAGUAAAGAGCAUUUACUGUAGAUUUGUAGUACAGAGAAAACUACAGCCAAGCUGACCAGAAAGACUGGAAUUUCAUCUAUCUUUCCCCACCACCACCCCCUCCCGCCUUCUCUCUGUCGCCCACUCAUUGGAUUUCUUUCUCUGCCAGCGUUUUAAACCAGAGAUUACUGGGUCAGUGACAUUCAUUAUUCCUCUUAUUCUAGUAUGAUCUCGUGCUCAGCCUCCUGGAGAAACAUUGCUACCUGAUUAACAAACAUUGAAAGUACUCUGAGAACACAUUCAUCAUUUUUGUCAGGCUUGACCAAUGAAUUCUAUAAAAGCUCAAGAAUAUUUUUAAAGGCCUCUGUUCCAAUUUCAAUCAAGGUGUGCAUCUUAAUGGAAAACGUGGUACAUUGCUACCUGCAACUAGCAUUUUAGUCUUUCAUUAUAUGGUGAAAAUCUGCUGGUGGAGGAGGAGAAAACCUCUUUUGUAGAGAACAUUUUCAUGAGUGGAGAAGUCUUGUCAUUCCUACAUAAUAUGAAGCUCCUCAGGAGAAGCUGUUUGUUUCCACUGCUAGCUGGUGUACUAAGAGUUGUCUGCUCCUCCUUUAUUAGUGUCAACCUUGGUGUGAAAGUGAUGAAGGGACAGUCUGUCUUUCUGUCAGAAGAUGACCUCAAGUUUUCCAUCCCCAGAGAGAAGGAUGUCUGCAAAGUAGAAGUUGUGAUUAAUGAGCCAAUAACACAGAGGGUCGGGAAACUAACUCCUCAGGUUUUUGACUGUCACUUCCUUCCUAAUGAAGUCAAGUACACCCACAAUGGCUGUCCUAUUUUAGACGAAGACACGGUCAUGCUUAGGCUGUACAGGUUUACAGAAACGGAAACAUUUGUAGAAACGUUCACCCUUCAUGUGCAGUUACUUGAGCCAGACUGCAACAUCAUCAAAAUGCGCUCCCAUGCCCUGGAGGUCUCUGAGUAUUAUGGUCUGUCCAGAGUCAUUGACAAGAAUGUCCUCACUUUUGACUAUGACAGGAAGAUAAAUCUGGAUUGCACCAUUUCCAUAGCCUCUUUGGAAACCCACUUGCCUGCUCAUGGCCAGCUCAUCACCAGGGAAGUGCAGCAAGAGCAGCUUCGUGGAGAUCAGCUACAGACCUUCUUCCCUGGCCCUAAGCACAGCCUGGGCCAGGAGUGCAGAAAUGGGAGCUGCAUGCUGGGACUGGGAGUCAUUAACAACACAAAAGUGAGCUGUGAAGAAUUUUUGAGGAUGGGCAUUCGAUAUCAGCACCUUGAUCCUCCCUCACCUGACAUCGAUUAUGUUCCUCUGAGGCUGGAUCUCACGGACCGUAGAAGCAAAACUCUGCACAAGACUGAGUAUGCAUGGCUCCCUGUUCAGAUUAAAGGUGCUAUUCCCAAUCAAAUACCCAAAGCUACCCCAAUGGCCAAGUACAUCUUGGAAGUAGAUCAAUUUAUUUUAACACCCAUUACAACCAUAAUCAUUGAUGCUGAAGACAAUGAAACUCCAAAGUCCCUUCUUGUAUUCAACAUUACCAAACCACCUCCACGGGGCUUCAUCACUCAUCUAUCUGACCAUACAAAAGCUGUUGGCUCCUUCACAUGGAAAGAUCUCAAUGACAUGCUUAUUGCCUAUCAGCCUCCAAAUAUCAGCCACACAGAAAGGAGGAAUUACGAGGUGGAGUUUCAGGUUCAUGACUUCUACUUUGAAAGGAGUUUACCUAUCACUGUGCAGCUUUCUAUCAGAACAACAGACACAAACGCUCCUCGGGUUUCAUGGAACACAGGCCUCAGCCUCCUGGAAGGGCAAUCCCGACCGAUCACAUGGCAACACUUCCAAAUUGUAGACAAUAAUAGCAUCCAAAAUGUUCGCUUGAUUACAGUUGACGGCUUGCAGCAUGGGCAGCUCACAGUGAGAGGAGGGAAAGGAUUCAUGUUCACAGUCUCUGACAUUCAGGCUGGAGUUGUUCGCUACCAUCAUGAUGACAGUGAUUCUACUAAGGACUUUGUGGUAUUUAGGAUUUUUGAUGGCCUUCACAGUAUUCGCCAUAAGUUUCCAAUCAAUAUCCUCCCUAGAGAUGACAGCCCUCCAUUUCUUAUCAGCAAUGUGGUCAUUGAAGUUCAUGAGGGACAGAUGGUCCUGAUUCAGGGCUCCAUGCUUCAUGCUUCUGACAUUGAUUCCAGUGAUGACUACAUACUGUUCAAUAUUACCAAGCCACCACAGGCUGGAGAAAUCAUGAAGAAACCAGGACCAAACUUGAUAGGCUAUUCUGUCAACAGUUUUCUUCAAAGAGAUUUAUUUAAUGGAAUAAUUUAUUAUCAUCAUUUGGGAGGAGAAGUAUUUGAAGAUUCCCUUGAGUUUGUGUUGUGUGAUAGCCAUGACCCUCCCAAUCUCUCAGAGCCACAGGUGAUGAUAGUGCACAUUAUCCCUGUGGAUGAUCAGCUACCCAGAGAAGCCCCAGGAGUGACUCGUCACCUGGUUGUUAAGGAGACUGAUAUUGCUCAUCUAACUAAGAAACAUCUCCACUUUAUAGAUGUGGAAGAGCAAGAUAGGCAACUCACAUACACCAUAACCACUCCCCCUUUUUUCUCUUGCAUGCAUGGACACUCAGAUGCUGGGAAGCUGUUUAUGGUGGACAACAUCCCCAAGCUGGCCAAGGAUCCUGCUGCUCUUCCUCUGAAGUCAUUUACUCAGCAAGCUGUCAACUAUAUGAAAGUUGCCUACAUGCCACCACUGCAGGAUAUUGGGCCUGAACCUCAGCAAGUCCAGUUUAUUUUUUCUGUUAGCAAUCAGCAUGGUGGCACUUUGUAUGGGAUCUGCUUCAAUAUUACAAUUCUUCCUGUGGACAACCAAUCUCCAGAGGUUUUUACAAGCCAUUUGAGAGUGGAAGAGGGUGGCCUGAACCCUGUGACAGAAGGACAUAUUCUCAUUUCUGAUGUGGACACUAGAGAGGAGCAACUCUUCCUCCUCCUGCAGCAACAGCCUCAGCAUGGGGUGGUGGAGCUGGAUGGCAUUCCAAUGAAUGAAGGUGACAGGCUUUCUUGUGAAGACCUUCGUAACCUGGCAGUCAGGUAUCAGCAUGACGGCUCUGAGACUCUCAGUGAUGAAGUUCUCUUUGCAGCCACAGAUGGCAUCCACUUUGUAGAGUUCAUCCUGCAGGUCAAGGUGGUGCCUGUGAAUGACGAGCCACCUAUCAUGCGAACAGGCCUUGCUCCUGUUCUCUACUGCCUAGAGGGUGAAGAAGUGGUCCUCUCCUCCAAGUAUAUUUAUGCCACAGACACAGACAGUGAUGACCUGAAACUGAUGUUUCUGCUGGCUCACCAGCCCUACCAUGGGGUAGUGAGAAAAGCUGGCAUUGCUGUGGAUCGCUUCUCCCAAGCUGAUGUGAUCUCUGGUUUAGUGACAUAUAAGCACACUAGUGGGGAGAUUGGCCUAGACCCUUCCAUUGAGAUCUUAACCUUCAUUGUUUCUGAUGGUGAGGCUGGCCUAGAUGCGAAGGACUGCUGUUAUGAUGGACCUCUUUCUUCUCCAACUCCGCUUCAUGUUCCAUUUCCAGUAUAUGACCUUAACAUCACUGUACUUCCUGUGGACAACCAGCCUCCAUCAAUCACUUCUGGUGCAAGGUUUGUGGUGGAGGAGGGCUCCUCAGCAGUCCUUACCAUCAACCAUUUGUUUGCCACCGAUGCUGACACUACUGCAGAUGACUUAGAGUUUGUCUUGGUUUCUCCUCCCCAGUUUGGUUACCUUGAAAAUAUACUGCCUUCUCCAGGUUUUGAGAAAAGUAACAUUGGUAUAAGUAUAGCUUCAUUUCAGCUGAAGCACCUGAAAUCCCUGAACAUAAACUAUGUACAAGCCAGGCACCUGCGAAUGGAGCCAACAGAAGACCACUUUGUACUUUAUGUCACUGAUGGGCUGCAUCGCUCAGCUGAGACUCCAUUUUUUGUGCUGAUCAACCCAACCAAUGAUGAAGUCCCAGAAUUCAUAGCAAGGAAUAUUACCGUUCAAGAGGGGGAGAUGAAAGAGCUGGAUCUGUCUGUAAUCAAUGCAGUUGAUCUGGAUGUUCCUCAAGACCAUUUGAUAUUUGCAGUUGUGCAAAGGCCUUCAUAUGGGUUUCUUAUUAAUGGAAUUCAUGGCAAUGAUGUUCUACACCAUAAACAAUUAAUUAACCAUGACCAUCGCAUCCAUGGGUACCUUGUUCACAACUUUUCCUUGGAGGUACUGAAGAAUGGAAUGAAGCUGAUGUAUGUGCAUGACAAUUCGGAAAACCUCUCUGACAGCUUUAAAAUCCAGCUAUCGGAUGGGAAACAUAAAGUCCUCAGAACCAUUUCAGUAAAAGUCAUCCCAGUUAACGAUGAAAAACCAGUACUGAGCAAGAAGGAUGAUAUAGAGGUGAACAUGGGUGAAACUCAAAUAAUUUCUAGUGCUGUUCUGUCAGCAGAAGAUAAAGAUACCACCAGGGAGAAAAUUUACUACUUAUUUGAAAGACUUCCAGAAAAUGGUCAGCUUCAGCUCAAGGUAGGCCAAGGCUGGGUGACUCUCCAGACUGGAAUGAAGUGCACUCAGGAAGAACUGGAUGCAAACCUUGUGAGAUAUGUCCAUACAGGAGCUAUAGGAUCCAAGAACCCAGACAGUUUCACAUUUUAUCUGUGGGAUGGGUACAACAGAUCUCCAGCUACAGACUUCUACAUAAAUAUCAAGGGCAUGGAAAAGGGAGAUAUUGAUGUUUUCAUAAAACCUCUUAGAGUGACAAAACAGGAUCGGGUCUACAUUACAACUGAUGUCCUCCUUGCACUGGAUGGUACUGACAAGCCAGAGGAGCUCCUUUAUGUGAUAACCUCCCCUCCUCAGCACGGACAAAUAGAGUACAUCAGCUAUCCUGGCAUACCUAUUACUAGCUUCAGUCAAAUGGAUGUAGCAAGACAGAUAGUCUGCUAUGUUCACAACACAAAGUCAGUUGUUUCUGAAGAUACAUUCAGAUUCAUCAUCAGCAAUGGACUGAGGACUAAGCAUGGGACAUUCAUGAUCUCCUUGGAGGCAGUCGACCAAGCUUUGCCCACACUAUUUAGGAACAUGGGGUUAAGAUUAGUGGAAGGUGCUAUGGCACUCCUUUCUCCUGAUGUCCUACAGCUUUCAGACCCAGACACUGCCAAAGAAAACCUUACCUUCCUCCUGGCUCAGCUUCCCAAAUAUGGUCAUCUCUAUUAUCGUGGGGCUGUGUUAAUGAAGUACAAUUUCACCCAGCAAGAUGUGGACAAUGGGGAUGUUGCAUACAAGCAUCAAGGCGGGGAUUCCCAGAUUGACAAAUUUACAUUUACUGCAACGGAUAGAACCAAUCAAGGCUUCAUCGUGAAUGGGAGGGUGCAGAGCGAACCAGUGUCAUUCACUAUUCAGGUGGAUCGCUUGGACAAAACGGCACCAAAAAUUAUUCGUCUCCAUUGUUUUUCUGAUGUGGAGCUGCUGAAGAAUGACAAAUAUGGAAUCUAUAUUACUGCCAGGUCUCUGAAGGCUUCUGAUCCUAAUACAGAAGAUGACAAAAUAAUUUUUAAGAUUUUACGAGGUCCUCAUUAUGGCUACCUGGAAAAUAUAACAACAGGUGCACUUAUUCAGGAAGGUUUUAGCCAGAAGGAUUUAAACAGCAAAGUCAUACUUUAUGUCAUCAAUCCAUUGCGGGAGGUGAAUUCAGACAACGUGGAGUUUCAAGUCACAGAUAUGAGUGGAAACUCUGCAGUACCUCAAAGGUUGGAGCUACGGUGGUCUCGGAUUGAAAUGCAACAGACUGAAUAUGAAGUAUGUGAGAGCGUAGGAGUGGUGUCACUGAAAAUCACCAGGGCAGGACACACUGCAGAGUCUGCCUUUAUUGCUGUAAAGGUCAAUGAAAUAUCUGCUACGCUGGGAAAAGACUUUACAGUAACUCCCUCCAAGCUUGUUCAGUUUGAUCCAGGAAUGUCAACCAAGACGUGGAAUAUAGCAAUUACCUAUGACAGAUUAGAGGAAGAUGAUGAAGUCUUUGAAGUGGUUCUGAACUCCCCUGUGAAUGCUGUUCUUGGCACCCGGACAAAAGCUGUCGUGAAAAUUUUGGACUCAAAAGGAGGUCAGUGCAGCUAUUCCCAUUCUGCUGGCCAAAGGAAGCAUGACUUCUGGGGGAGAGGCACAUGGCUUCCAGUUUCCUCAAGCUCCUCAUCACCUUCUAGGCCUGGCAAAGCUCCCUUGGAAGGGAUCCCACCACCUCCUUUCAAAGGGAUGAGACAGCAUGGAGGGAACCCACAACAGGAGCAAAGCUCGGCGAAUCAGUCAAGGACCGUACUGAGAGUGACUGGAAAUGGCAGAAUAGUUCAUCCUUCAUCUGUAUUUAGGAAUGGAACUGAUGUGGUUUACAAAUACCAUGGAAUGGUAUCACUCAAAAUAGAGGAUGACACCUCAUCAGCUAAAGCAAACAAGAAGACUCAAGUGUCUGUAAUUGACCAAGCACAAACACAGAUAAAUGUCAUCUCCUCUAGGAAAACAGAAAUUCCACAAGCUGAUAAGGCAGCACUAGCAUCUGAACCAAGCUCAAGACAUCAGGACUUCUACUCUUUCCUAAAGGUCUGUACACCAGACUUAAAAGGGCUAUUGCAUUAUGAAGAAAGCACUCAAAAGUUAUUUCGAUGUGAUGGGAUAACAUGGAAAGAGGCAAGCACAAAGAAAUGUCCCUCCGGAUGGAGUCAUCACAGGGGCAGCUGCUACUUCCUGGUAGUGAAUCACAAGGUCACCUGGAACGCUGCUGCACGGGCUUGCAGAGAACAAUACCAGGGGAGUCUAGCAAGUGUGGCUAAUGAACAACACAUGCAGUGGCUGUGGGACUUCAGCGGGAGGAAGCCCUUUUGGAUAGGCCUAAGUGACCAAGUCAAUCCUGGACAUUGGGAGUGGAAUGGAGGAGAAGCUGUAACCUACAUAAACUGGAGAAGAGGCUCCUACCACUUUCCAAAGAGAGAAAGAAAUUGUGUAUUGGUGCAGAAGCGAGGAAAAUGGCAAGCAACUGACUGCUGGAAGGUCAAACGAAGCCGCUACAUAUGUUCAAGAAAGCUGUAAGAAUGGAGGAUCCCUGUGAAAGCAUGUAGACAUUCAUGUAUUUAUCUGCAGAUUGUGAGGGUAUGCAGUUAGAGAACUGUCCUAAUUAUCAGCAAGAUUUGUUUCAUAUUCUGCCAGAUGCAUUGGACUCAACCAAGGAACAGUGGCCAGUUGCAAAGAUUAAUCCCAGGUGAAUGUUUUGAACUCUCUGCAAAGACUUUGAUCUUCACUUAUUUAUAUAUUUUAUUAUACCAAAGAGCCAGGCCUCAAGGCAUCAGUCACAUUUUUGUGUAAAAACACACAUAUUUUUGGGAAAAAAAAUUAGCACAUCAGUUGAUUUGCUCUGCUUUUAAGCAGGGAUUGUGAAUUGGCUGUUGCUUUAAUUAAUUUGCAUUAAAAACUGCAGUCUUACCUUGCAGUCAUGAAAGGAGGAAGACUGCUUGGUGUGGAAGUGAGGGCAGACUAUGCAGGCUAUAUCCUUUUGGGUGACAAGGGGAGGGACAUUAUGUCAGGAGACUGGAGCCUCUUUGGCAGAUUCUCUAGAACAGUGUCUUAUGAAAAUACCAACAGCAGGAUUUAGUAACCAACAGGAGGAAAUCCUUGUAUUUAUUUUUCUACAUCCCAAGGACAGCUUAAAAUCUAAUGGAUCUGCUCACAGAGCUGCAUAUUGUUUCACGUUCCUAAGCAAAAUUGUUCAAUGUUGUUUGGAGCUGCAGGACAGCGCUAUAAUUUUUAGUGCAAUUAAAUGAUGGGGACCUCUGUAAAUCUAAUGCAAUUUGAAAGAUGAUUUACACACAUAUGAAAAUUCAUACUGAAGCUUAAUGCUAGAAUAUUAUCCAGAUAUUUACUUAAAUAUGAACACUUAAUAGGAUUUUUAUAUGUGGAUAAACCAAUGUAAUUGUGAGACAUAUUUUAUACUAAAGCAGCUGUGGCUUUUGAAAAGUAUCAAUCUAAGUCCUUAUUAGGGAUAUGAGGUUUUUAAAAUUAAUAAUUAAAAAUCCACAAUUAGUUCUGGGAAAGGCUUAAAAAUCAGCAUUAAUAGCCAAAACCCAUUUGCCCAUAGAGUGAAUUUGCUCUGUACUUUAUGAACUCUCAUACCUCCCAUCUAUGGUACUUGCCUGCUGCCAGCAGUUGGUUCUCCUUUUGUCGCACAUCAGCUUGUCCAUUCGGCCAGCCUCUGGAUCAACUGCAUCUGUACACUACUUGCACCAGAGGUGCAAAAGCUCCUUCUGGGGUUCCUCAUGCCAGUUUCUCAUUCCUGUGAGGGACAGAUGCAGCAGAAUCGCCAUUCUGGGCUGAGGGACAGUGUUUCAGGGAUUAAUUGUCCCUCCUCCUUGCUUUUGGCAUGCACAGCUUAUUUAUCUUGCCUUCUUGCCUGUGACAUGUUAAAUGAUUAUGAUUGUGAGUCAGUGGACAAUCUUUUAUAUAGGAGAGAACCUUUCUGAAAGGACUGUUGCAGACAAGCAUGAUUGCAUUGCAAAAUUAGAGGAAAAACACUAUGGACAGAAUCUCCUCUCCCUUAUUAUUGGUAUCAACAUAUACAAACAAAAAUAUUUCCAGGAUUUUUUUGUUUUUCAAGGUAAUUUUUAUGCUAAGCUUCUGGACAAUUUUGCUAGACUCUAACAUUUUUGCUUAAGGAAUUUUCUAGGUAAACAUAGAUAGGCUAAUUGUUUCAAGAAUUCCCCAAACCAAGCACCCUGAGCACUACCCAUAGACCUGCUUCCAUUUCUGAUAUUUUUCACUACAAAACAAUCCUAGAAUCUAAAAAUCACUCUUGGGAUGUCUUGCUGCUGUGCUCUGGGAUUCCAGGGAAAAUUGACUGAGAGAACUUAGGCAUAAACAUGAACUUUUAUUUCUUUGGCGCCUACUUUUAUAAAAACAGUUCAGUUUAUUUGUGCUAUCUUGAUAAAGCCAUCAACAUUAUUUAAAUACCUCUCUUAAUCAUUUAAUAAAUGAAUGAUAUCAAUGGAGAGGGUAUUUUGACUAAUGUGUCUAUUACUUGAUCAGUAACUAAUAAAUGACUUUUUACUUGUCUACGUCAUAGACAAAGGUGAUCUCAGAGGUUUGCUUUUGUAAGAAGAGGGAAGAUUUUCCCUUUUCUGUAUUUGUGUAUAUGAACUACUUUGAAGUGAUUGAAGAAUAUGAAGAUUUCAGGCCACAACAAACUGUUAGUUGUAUAAACCAUAUGUAUUUACUGGUUUCAUUAGAUCUAAGACAAUACAAUAAUGAAGCUAAAAUUCUGUACUGAGAGACCACUGUAUUGUUUUUCGAUACAAUGAACCAUUCCACGUAUUUAUUAAUAUAUUUUAAUCUAUCUGCUGUUAAAAAUUAAGUAUUUUUUCACAGAUCUUUACAGGUUUUAUCAGAACACUGGAUUUCAAGAAAUAUGACACACUCAAAUCAGGAAAAGCACAAAUAAAUCAGUUUUUCUGUUGCCAUGGGAAGUUAUUGUCUCUAAGAGGUUUAGUAAAGGAAGAACAUAAAAUCCUGAGGAUUUAUUGGGAAUUUUUCCAGUCUUCAGUACUUUUGAGUUAGACUCUGAGUAAACUCAAGGGAAAAUCAGUAUUUAGAGGAUCAGGAUCAGCGGGGGAAUUCCAAGAGGCUGAAAGUAAGAACAAAGAGUAUGGAAAUUCUGGUGUACAUCUAUGGAUGCCACACUUUCUGGAUGAACAAUUUAUUUCACCAGAACUAUCUAUGUAACUUUAAAGAGCAACAGAACCAAGACACAACAGUCCUGUGAAAAGAACCCAGUGUUUAGCCUAGAUUUCUAUAAAGGGAUAGUGGGGAUAUUUCUAUAAAGGGAUAAUGGGGAUAUUUCUAAAAAGGGAUGUGGGCUCUUUGUGUGCCUGUCACUUCAACAACCUUCUUUCCCUGUCAAGUAUCUUUUACAUCUGUUGAUCAAUUUCAAAUAAAUUUGACAGAACCAGUUUACUCAGAAACAAUAGUUAUAAAAAAAUUGGCAGGCAACUGGCCAGAAGAGCAUGUCUUCCUAAUCUAAACAUUCUAAAACAUUUGUGUUGUUAUUAACUUCACAGAGAUCAAGUUUUUAAUCUGAAAACAAAAUCAGAAAAAAAUUAUAAAUCUCUUUUGUAUAUACUGAAAAUGACAAAACACCUUUAAGUCUUUAUUCAGUCAUUCUAAGGUUAUAAAAAUAGCUUUGAGAGAAUUAUAUAUAGAAUUCAGUGAACACAGUGUUUCUGCAUUAUUUACAUCACAACGAUGGUGCUAUUGUAUUUUUUGUAUUCAGAACACUAUAUAUAUUGUGAUGUUUAACUUUAUAAUGUAUGUUAAUACAGAACUGAAACAUAUUUUGGUGAAUAUGUAUUUCUUCAGCUUCAUAAUCUCACAAAAGCUUUUUUGCUAAUAAUAAAAACUAUAGCAUUGGACAUUGUAGAACUGUACUUUCAGUUAUGCAUAAUAUACCUACUGUUUACUCUGUGCAGACUUUGAAUUCUGUUUCUUCCUCUGCCUGAGCCUGUCCCUGAAUUAAUACCAUAAGGACAUUUAUAUCAUGAGCAAACCAUUUUCAAGAGAGUAAAUGCUGGUUAUUUUGAGAAGCAAAUUCAAGAAAAGUUACAGACCUGCAAGCAGAUAUACAAUAGGAAAAAUGAAUUCAAGAAAGAACGUCAGCCGACAAAACUGUAUUCUAAUAUGAUUCUUGAUUUAAAGGAUAAUGUGGGAAAGAAGCCAUUAUCCCUCACUAACCUCAGUCAUCUUCAUGGAAGAGAUGCAGAUGCCAGUUCUCCCCUGUUACUGACAUCUAAGAAGCAAUUCUCAUAAUAUAGAGAACUCUACUACUCUAAUUCCGUUGUUUAACUGCCAUCCUUUACACUACUACACAAGUAGCAUAUGUUUAGAAGACAAGAACACAAAAAGACUUGCUUGCUCAUUUUUAUAACAUCAAGAUAAUGUAUUGUUUUCAGUCAGCAGUCCUUAUGAGUAGGAAUUCAGUAUCUGAAGUCCUGGAUGUAAGCACAGUAAGCAAAAAGAUAGGAUUUUAUUCACACAGAUGAAAUUU